AUGGAAAGAAAGCAAAUGAGCCAUUUAAUCGACAUAGAAGACCCUCCUGUUCCAUUGGUGAAGGAAGCAAAACUUCGUGAUUGUUAUGCAGAAACCAUUGAGUUUAAUAGUGAAAAAUUUGUCAAAAUCAUUCUGAUGGAUGCUGCCUUCAUCCUUGAGGUCUUACUCAAGUCCUCCAACCCUACACUCCUAGAAGAAAACGACCGCAUAUUUAACAAACCCUGGUUGAUACAAGAUGUAUGGGCCGACAUGCUUUUGCUUGAAAAUCAGCUUCCCUUCUUCAUUCUUGAGCUUCUUUUCAAUUCAUACAAACCCUGGUUGAUACAAGAUGCUUGGGCCGACAUGCUUUUGCUUGAAAAUCAGCUUCCCUUCUUCAGUCUUGAGCUUCUUUUCAAUUCAUAUAAACCCUGGUUGAUACAAGAUGUUUGGGCCGACAUGCUUUUGCUUGAAAAUCAGCUUCCCCUCUUCAUUCUUGAGCUUCUUUUCAAUUCAUACAGAACAGAUGUCCUUCUGCAAAAUGAUGGGACGACACUUACAAUCAAUAAGCUUAUAGUAGUCUUUUUCCAAAACCGAAUGGAGUCGCCGGGAAUAGAAGAAGAUGGGAAGAAAUCUUGUCGCCUUGUUGAAACACGCAAGGAUCUAGACUUAUUGGUGAAGAAGGGAAUUAUUGAGAAUAGGCUGAGCAACAGCCGAGAGGGGUCACUUCUGUUAAAUAAGCUUGCUGAUGGGGUUAUUUUGGACCAGGAUAACUUCUAUUUUGCUACUCUUUUUGAGGAGUUGAACAAAUACUACAACACCUCAUGGCACAAAUGGAAGGCACACUUGAAACAAAAAUAUUUCAGACGGUGUGUUCUCUUUUAG